AUCUCCUUAUUGAAGCAAAACUUGGAAAUGCAGCUAUCCGAGUCUCAAGCUUCCUUGCAGAAACUGCAAUGCCAAUUUAACCAUGAAAGGCAACGUCUCACUCAGCAAUUGCAAGAGAUGCAAGAGGAACAUAAACAGAGACAAAUGUCUGUGGAGGAUGCCCAUCAAAUUGCAAUUAGGAAACUGGAGGAAUCCAAAGAGAGGGAACUUACGGAAAUGGAAGAAGGCUUAUACCAGCAACAUAUGGAAGAGCUGCAGUCAUUGAAGGAGACUCACAGACUGAAUAUAGAGACUUUGCAAAAGGAAACAAGGCAACAGCUGCAGAAUCUGAAGACUGAGUUGGAAGAAGAAGGGGUAGCGCUACUUGCAUCUGUGCGCUCAGAGCUCAAUUAUCAACAUGCUAUAGCAAUAGACCAGCUGAGUCAAGGCCAACAACAGGAACUGGCAGGUGCAAGAAAGGAGUUGGAUUGGACCAUUGAUCUACACAGACUAAAGGAGGAGGAGUUGCUGGAAAGAAUAUCUAAGCUAGAAGAAGAAGCGCAACGCCGUGAGCAUCGUAUAAAGGAACUAGAUGAAGAGAACCUGUCUGUGCAUGAGAAUCUAAAUACAUUGACCAAAGAACUCGAGAUGAAAGGGAAAGAAGUUCUAAAAAUACGGAGUGAAGCUAACCAGCAAAUUAGGGCUUAUGAACAGGAUAUACAUAAGAAGCAGGAGAAGGAGCUUAAAGACUUGGAAGCAGCCCGUAUGCGAGAGAUGCAGAGUAUGCUAACAGAGUUUGACAAGGCUCAGGAACUCUUGAAGGAAAAAAUCUCUGUUUCGGAACACAUGUUGGAAGAGGCUGAGGAGAAGUACAGGAACAGAGAAGCAAGACCGGAGGAUCUACAAUUUAUCAAUGAGUUGAAGGAAAUGAUUACAGAACGGGAUCAGCUUAUGAAAAAACUAAUGGAUGAUAAGAAGUUUUACCAGCUGGAACUGGUGAAUAGAGAAACAAAUUUCAACAAGGUGUUUAAUGCUAACCCCAAUGUAGGAGUCAUCAAUCCCCUGGCAAAGCAAAAGAAAAAGAAUGAUAAAAUCGCCUCUCGGUUUGUUAGUGCCCCAAAUCUAAGUGCUGUAGAAUCUGCGGGUGUAGGAAAUGGACAGCAGCAAAACAACCGCCUUGAACCAAUUCCCAAUUCCCCUGUUCACGAUGUUGGGUUCAACAGCGUUAAGCCUCUACCGCAGCCAAUACCUCCAAAAGAGACUAAACGAUUUCUGAGUCCUCCCCAGACGGAAACCCCUCCAGAACCGGUCUCGCCGUCUGAUCCACAGCCUCAGGAAUGGUUCGCAAGAUACUUUACAUUCUAAGUGUUCUCACAUCUGCUAGAUCCUUCAACAUAAUCUAGUCAUUCAAUACAAGCAUGUUUCUGUAAGAAUCUACGCUGAGCACAUUUUGAAUAUAUUGUUGUGAAGGGCAACUUACAGUGUUUGUACUGCUAGCCACGGGGAAAUCCUCUUAUUCACUUCAGUCAGGUGAAGAAAUGUCCAGGAAUAAAAAUAUCUUCUGUUUCUGUGAACAUAAAAUCAUUUUUUUUCCUUCAGCCAUAUAUUAAAUUAAUGUAUGUCUCCUUGUAUCUUACCCUAUUUUUAAGUAAGAUGCUGAGCUGGUCUUCCUCGUCUGUAACUAGCCAAUAGAGCAUUCUGAGGAGAUUUGAUGCUCUCAUUGCCCUUUAAGGAAGAUAGGCUCUUGGCUUCCCUAUAUGAGAAAAGGCUUUGCACCUCCAGAGUAUGUUACCAUUACAAAAUAUUCUGUACAAAUAUGCAAUAUGAUGGGAAUAUAAUGUUUGAGUAAUACUUGUAUUUAGUUUGUUCUUUACUGUGGAUGCCUCAUAGUCUGAUGGUUUGCAUCAAUUGCUAAAUAAAAUAAUACUGUAAUGCACGUGUUUUUUUAUUUCUUUCAGAAACAUGAUUAACCUUAGAUUUGAAAAUCACAAGAUUUGUUAAAAAAAAAUUCCCACGUGGGUAUUAGAAUUCCACACUGUCGUACUUUGUAGGAACAUUUUGUUUUAAAAUUCAAGAUGAGCAGAA